AUGUUUAUUCGAAUUGGUGCUCCUGUAUGGCCCCCGCCAAGUGUGCUGUUGUUGUUGAUCAAUUCCAUGGUGGUUUUGGGACAAAGAGUAAGCCGAUGUUUAAAGUCUUUAUGGUUUUUUUUUUCAAUACUAUGCUUAGCACACUUAAUAUUGCAACUUUACUUUAGGAUGGUUUGGGAGGUCUGGGCAGUCUAAUUUCAAGCAGAGAUAUUGCUGAAAUCACGCAAAUUGCAACGAAUCUUGCGGCACAGACAAUGAAUACAAAUUCAGAGUUAUUGUGAGUGUUUUCGAUAUCAGUGACCACCUUUUUUUUUGUGAAUGAUAUCGCUUACAUUUAGAACAAAGCCCGGUCGCCCUGAAACUCGGGCAGUCCCUAUGAACGCUCGGCCCUCGGAAAUGUUGGGUCAAACAAUCACAAAUAUGAUGCAGCCAGCUACAGAGCAACUGGCAAGGGCGUUAAAUCAGAAUUCGGGAGUUAAGAGUCUGAACCCAAGGGCAAGGGCAGUAAAGACCGAACUGCCAGUGUCCGAACUUCCUCUUGAGGACCUAGCUCCUCAACCAAAACCCUUAGGAGGUCAGAAUCAAGCAAUGAGUGGGCUAUUGGACAUGGCCAAUCAGUUCUUGGGAGGGGGAAGAUCAGCUGGGGUGGAGAGUCGGGGAGCGGCUAGUGCAAGGAGUGGAGGAAUGCCAACAUUGAAACAAUUGAUACCUGGGGCUAUGAGGAAUUUUGGAAUCUCACAAGGAGAUGGUAAGGGAUUUGAACACAUUAUUUCUUCGUUAUCAUCAAGAUCAUUGUCCAUUUUUAGGAUGUUUGCCGUUUAUGGGCGAAGUAAUGCAAGCCAUGUUCGGUAAUUGUGCGAAACAAGCGGAUGAAAGAACUUGGGAUGUGUGGGGAAAAGAGAUCACGAAUGCAUUGAUGGGCGGAAAAAUCGAUCUUUUGAGAGCUAGGUAGGACAUACGACACUAUUGAAUUAUCCAAAACAUUGCUCAUUUGUCUUUCAGCAAAGAAACUUGCAAAAAGGGAGCUGAAAGAGAGCAAUGUGGUAUGAUUAAGCGAGCCGUGAGCGAUUGUGAUAUCCUGGGGUCAAUUCAAUUGGCCAGCAACUUCAAAAGGGCCAUAGAAAGAUGUGAUGAGAUCUCGGGACUUAUUGAUCAGGUACAACUUUUAUUUUGCUUCUGAUUUCUUAGUUUGACAAUUUCUAACUUUCUUUCCUUGCAGAACCCAGUCACUUUAAUGGAACAAAUGGGCGGUUUCAUCAACGGCGAAGUCGCCCAGGGCUUCCUCAACAACUUUUUGGGCAAAAAGCGCUGA